AUGAAUGAACUCUACAUCAUGAAUGAACUCUACAUCAUGAAUGAGCAAGCCGAUGAAAUCUACGCCACCUUCGCUUUAUCCGAAGAAAACUCCAAGAAAUUCGACGCCGUCGUGGAGCAGUUCGACAAGUAUUUCACUCCGCGAUGCAACGUAAUCUUCGAACGAGCCAGAUUCAACACCAAGCUACAACAAGAUGGUGAGUCGGCUGAAGAUUUCGUCACUGCGCUUCACACGCUUUCGAAAGAUUGCGAGUUCGGUGCUCUUCGAGAGGAGUUCGUUCGUGACCGCUUCGUGGUUGGGAUAAAAGACAAGCAGCUAUCCGCCAGGUUGCAGCUCUACGCAGAGCUCAUACUACAAAAGGCUCUGGAUUCCAUUAGCCAUAUCAAAAGUGUCCGUCAGCAACGAUUCGAGCUCCAACAGGAAGUGCCAUCUUUGAACAAAGUUGCAUUCAGUGCGCAAACCAGUCGACGGGCUUCAAUGCAAGACAAAAGCGGCAGUUAUCUACACGGGGCCAGCAAGCCAUCUUCACUCUCCGGUAAAAACAGAGAGCAGGAGCCGUGCCGUUGGUGUGGUCAAGAGCGUCACUCCCGCACUCUCUGCUCAGAACGCUCGGAAGUCUGCAGGAACUGCCGGGAGAGAUGUCACUAUGCCUCGGUAUGCCUCUCGCGACGCCUCGAUUGUGUCGAAACCGAGCACGGAACUUUAGAAGCAGGAUUUCAUGUAGCAGUCAAGACGACAGAUACUGGAAACUGGGAAACAACAAUCUUGGAUCAAGGCCAGCCAGUAGACUUCAAAAUUGACACUGGUGCCAACGAAACCGUCUUUUCGACGCACGUAUUUCAGACGCUCAAGGACAGGCCGCUUCUAUCAGCUGCUCCUCGUCAACUGCAUGGCUUAGAUGGUAAGCUUCUUCGAGCAGCAGGAGUGGCUCAACUUCACCUCAUCUACCGCAACCACGGGACUAUUCAGGAUAUAUACGUCUUAGAUCAGAUCUGCACUCCAUUGCUAGGCAAGCCAGCCAUCAAAAAGCUACAGAUUCUGACCUUUGUAAACGCCGUUACGAACAAAGUGAACCCGAAAGAAGAAUUUCUAGUGGUGUUCCAAGGACUCGGCAAGCUGCUCAAAAAACACAGGAUUCAGCUUCAACCAGGAGCAAAACCUUUCGCACUCAGCUCCCCGAGCUGCAUGCCAAUUCCAUUGUACGAGGAAACAAAGUUGGAACUUCAAAGGAUGCAGAAACUCGGUGUCAUAUCACCUGUUGAUGAGCCGACCGAGUGGUGUGCACCAAUGGUAGUCGUCCCAAAGCCCUCUGGAGACAUGAGAAUAUGCGUCGACUUUACAGAGCUGAACUGCCACGUUCUCAAAGAUUGGCAUCCUAUUCCUUCCGUGGAGCACACUCUCGGACUUUUUCACGGAGCUAAGGUAUUCUCCAAAGUUUAUGCCAACUCUGCAUUUUGGCAAAUUCCACUUUGUGAAGAAUCAAGGAAACUCACCUUCAUAUCACCGUUUGGUGCUUAUUCUUCAACCGACUACCAUUUUGGAUUGCGUCAGGUUCUGAAUAAACACUUCCAGGUGCAGAUGGCCUACAUAUUGCAAGGCAUCUUUCGAGUUGUCUGUCAUAUGGACGACAUCCUCAUUCGAGGUUCCAACAGCCAAGAGCACAAUGAGACGCUCCGAAACGUGCUGCAGGCCCUUGCAAAGGCUGGAGUGACACUGAACGACAGCAAGUGCGUGUUUAAUGUUCGGCGCCUAACAUUCCUAGGACACUAG